AGGGACUACGAACCUGGGCUAGAAAAGUCUAGGCUGAGACAGAGGCUAACUGCUGUCGCCGCAGACGUACGAAACCCUCUGCCGGGACUGGGUGCCUGCACCAUCGCAGUGCUAGCGUUUUCUCGUAGCUUGCACGGUGUUCUCCUGAACAGCAUGCUUGGGGUUUUCCUUCUGGGUGUGCUGGCUCCAGCUGGCCUGGGGAUCUCUGCACUAGCCAAGCUGCAGCCCAAAGGCAGUCAAUGCGUGGGGAAUGAGUGCUUCGCGCUUUUCCAGGACCCCGUGACCUUCCUCGAUGCCAGCCAGGCCUGCCAGCGCCUGCAGGGACAUUUGAUGACAGUGCGCUCCUCGGUGGCUGCGGAUGUCAUCUCCCUUCUGGUGAGCGACAGUAGUAUGGACUCACGGCCCUGGAUCGGUUUACAGCUCCCUCAGGGCUGUGGUGACCCGGUGCAUCUCGGGCCCCUGCGCGGCUUCCAGUGGGUUACUGGGGAUAACCACACCAGUUACAGCAGGUGGGCGCGGCCCAACGACCAGUCGCCUCCACUUUGCGGUCCGCUGUGCGUCACGGUCUCAACAGCAACAGAAGCUGCACCAGGCGAGCCGGCCUGGGAAGAGAAGCCGUGCGAGAACGAGACCAAGGGUUUUCUCUGCGAGUUUUACUUCGCAGCUUUCUGCAGGCCUUUACGGGUGAAUACCCGAGAUCCUGAGGGUGCCCACAUCUCUAGCACCUACAAUACCCCAUUGGGGGUCAGCGGCGCGGAUUUUCAGACGCUGCCGAUAGGCAGUUCUGCUACCGUGGCGCCCUUUGGCUUGGAGCUGGUGUGCAGGGCCCUGCCCGGAACUUCAGAGGGACACUGGACUCGGGAAGUGACAGGAGCUUGGAACUGCAGCGUGGAGAAUGGUGGCUGCGAGUACAUGUGCAACAGGAGCGCUAACGGACCCAGAUGCGUCUGCCCCAGCGGCGGGGACCUGCAGGCUGAUGGCCGUUCGUGCGCAAAACCUGUGGCUCAAUUGUGCAACGAACUCUGCCAGCAUUUUUGCGUCAACAACUCUGAUGUGCCAGGCUCUUAUUCCUGUAUGUGCGAAACAGGCUACCAGUUGGCGGCAGACGGACAUCGGUGUGAGGACGUGGAUGACUGUAAGCAGGGGCCCAAUCCAUGCCCUCAGCUCUGUUCUAACACCGAGGGCGGCUUCGAAUGCCGCUGCUAUGAUGGCUAUGAGUUGGUGGACGGAGAGUGCGUGGAGCAACUGGAUCCGUGCUUCAGAUCUAAAUGCGAGUAUCAGUGCCAGCCAGUAAACUCCACGCACUACAAUUGCAUCUGUGCUGAGGGCUUCGCACCUAAGCUGGAUGAUCCCGACAGGUGCGAAAUGUUCUGCAAUGAAACUUCGUGCCCAGCAGACUGUGACCCCAACUCCCCAAGCUUUUGUCAAUGCCCUGAGGGCUUCAUCCUGGACGAGGGUUCCAUAUGCACAGACAUUGAUGAGUGCAGUCAAGGCGAAUGCCUCACCAAUGAAUGUCGAAACCUUCCUGGCUCCUAUGAGUGCAUCUGCGGACCUGACACAGCCCUUGCUGGUCAGAUUAGCAAGGACUGUGACCCCAUCCCUGUUCUGGAGGACUCAGAGGAUGGUGGCUCUGGGGAGCACCCAUCAAGCAAUCCGACGGUAGUCUCUUCGACAGUUCCCCCUUCUGCAAGACCAAUGCACUCUGGUGUGCUCAUUGGGAUCUCCAUUGCCAGCCUGUCCCUGGUGGUGGCGCUUUUGGCGCUUCUUUGUCACCUGCGCAAGAAGCAGGGCACUGCUCGCGCAGAGCUGGAGUACAAGUGUACCUCUUCAGCCAAGGAGGUAGUACUGCAGCACGUGAGGACUGAUCGGACGCUGCAGAAGUUCUGAGGGAUUUACUCCAGAGACCAAGGUGGCCUUUGUCUUUCCGGGCUCUGUACCUCUCCUUUCUCUCUCUUCAGCCUCCCAGCUGUGCUCUCUGGCAAUGUAAAAGCAUUCUGGCUGGUAUAAUAACCAGAGAAGAGCUCAUCCUCUUAUGACAAGCGAGGGUAGGGAGGACUUGAAGCCGGAGAGCCCAGUUUCUUCCAAGUAGAGACUGGACAACUGGGCGGAGGUGACAAAUACAGUGAAGAUCCCAGAGUGUCCCAGUCCCUCACCUCGGGGUGCAGGAUGUGUGGGUGCUGCUGAUCUGUAGGCUUGGAGGCAAACCUUGACCCUAUGGACUGGAGAUGACCCAGAUAUUUAUUUUUUUAAAAGUAUUUAGUAUUUUCUUCCCUUCAGCUUUAUUCUGCUUGUAAGUCUCCAGUCCCUCACCCUUUUCUGUGUCCCUCCAUUCCUUUCCCUCCCCUCCCCCUCUCCAUCAUUCUCCUCCCCGAACCUGAUCAUAGUUUGCCUUUACCCUUGUCUCCAAACUCUUAUGUGAAACAGAAAAAAAAAAAACACUAAACGCAGAAAAAUAUUUUUUUUCGCUAGCUUUGGCAAUUUAAUCGGGGAUUUCAGGUAACCAGAGCAAAAGAAUUUAAACAAAAGUUAAAAUGUUUCAACUGAACACUAACUAGUUAAUAGUGCUGGAAUAUCACAGAAUUUAAACUCAAGGAAGUAGGGUUUUGAUUUUUUUUAAUCUUUGUUUUUGAAAGGGUGAGCCUGGGUUUUAUGAUUGUUGCUGUUGUUUUUUUUUUAUUUAGAAUGACAAAAGAGGUAAUAAUUAUUAAACUUUUUAUGCCGGCUUCUACAGUGUUAUUAAUUUUUGACAGUGUUUCAAAUGUGCAGAGGAUCCUUUGUCCAACCCUUUGACAUUCCAAUAGGACAUUGCCAUCUUCAGACAUAUUGGGCCACAUUCAUAGCUAUCCAAGAAUGUAUGUGGUCCUUAGCCUGGACAUAUCUGAGACGGAUGGAUGGAAGCAUCUUCCAGUAAAGCUUGAGCUGUAUGCUUCGUGCCUGGCUGACUCUCCACUGUGUUUGCCAUUUGUAGUCCCAAAAUAAAAGCAAUGUGCUGCUUAGGGAGAUAUGGCAACUUGGGAAAGGAGUCUGGGGGGUGACUAGAUGGGACUUUGCUUUAAUGAAACUCUGGAACGAUAUCUUGUACUUCAGAGAGAUCUACUAGCCCUGGCCUAUACACAAGAAUUGGGACCUCCCUUGGGAUCUGGCUAGAAUUGCAAAAUCCUAACCCCCACCCUACCCCACUCCCACCCCAGUGAGCCAGUUCAUAAGAAGCUGCAUUUUGACAACAUCCACAGGGCAUUGUCCAGUCAUUUCAGGACAACUGGUCUAAAGAGUUUCCAACUUCUUGAGAACAUUUAAAUGUCACUUAAUAAUAAGUAGCAGGCCAUAUGCAGGCCAUUUUUUAAUAAAGAAACUGAGGAAUUUUCUCUGCAUAGCUUUGCUUUCUGGAUAAAAUAAAAGGACCAGGUACAUGCCUCUAGAUAUUGGCAUACAGAGUCCAGAAGGGUUUUGUUUUAAGUAAGCUAGGAAUGAGUUCAUAUGUCAGUGUAAGGAACAAAUGUAUCAUAUGUGUAUCUUUUGUGAAGAAAAGGUUUUCUUUACUGUUUUGUAGGCUCAGCAUAUCUGUACAUAUUUAUUUAUUGGAGUUUAGCUAGAACACAAGCAAAGCCUUUGCUUAUGACGUCACGUGUAUAAAAUAAAUAGAUUACAAUGUA